CGCGAGCUCUGCUUUCCUCAACAACAAACGUCUCAUCACUCUCCUCAACAUGCUGCUGAUUUUUGUUUAUCGCUCGAAGCACAGAAAGUACUUAGCAUGAUGUAAUAUUAAUGUAACCUUGGAUGUGUUUUUUUCUGCACGUUGCCAUGGUGAUUGCAGGUUGCUGUCCACGAUGGCAGGGAUGAAGGAGCAACAGAUCACGGAGGAGAAGCCCCUGCUGCUGGAGCAGAAAGGAGUGGACUCGGACGUGCAGGAUAAAGGAGAGGAGGCCUCGGGGGGGAUCCCGUGCCCCGAAAGCCCCGCGCCCCCUAACCAACCCCCUCCCCCCCGCCGCCCCACUCACCGCUGGCAUGCCUUCGCACGGCACUGGCUCCGCCAGACCCGCCGUCGGACCAGCGGGGUCCUCCCGGAAUGCUGUGAACAGCUGAUGCCACCAGGCGACUGGAAGGAUCAUGAUGUGGAGACUCCUUAUGGGAUGCUGCACGUGGUGAUCCGAGGAGCGCCCAAAGGAAACAAGCCUGCCAUCCUCACCUACCACGAUGUGGGGCUGAACCACAAGCUGUGCUUCAACCCUUUCUUCAACAACGAGGACAUGCAGGAGAUCACCAAGCACUUUGUGAUUUGCCACGUUGACGCUCCGGGGCAGCAGGUCGGAGCUGCACAGUUUCCACAAGGCUUCCAGUAUCCCACCAUGGACCAGCUGGCUGGCAUGCUGCCCACUGUGGUGCAGCACUUUGGAUUCAAGAGCGUCGUCGGGAUCGGAGUUGGAGCUGGAGCUUACAUUCUGGCUAAGUUUGCUCUCAUCCACCCUGACCUGGUGGAGGGUUUGGUUCUGCUGAACAUCAACCCAAACGGCAAAGGAUGGAUUGACUGGGCUGCCUCUAAGCUGUCAGGUCUGACCAGCAACAUCCCAGACGUUGUGCUGCCUCAUCUUUUCAGCCAGGACGAACUGGUAAACAACUCAGAACUGGUUCAGAGCUACAGACAACAGAUCAACAACGCCAUCAACAACUACAACCUGCAGCUUUUCUGGAACCUGUACAACAGUCGGAGGGAUCUGGAGAUGAACCGCGGCGGGACAGCUCUCAAUGCCAAGACCUUAAAGUGUCCUGUGAUGCUGGUUGUCGGAGACAACGCACCUGCUGAGGAGGGAGUGGUUGAGUGCAACUCCAAACUGGAUCCCACCAACACCACCUUUUUAAAGAUGGCCGACUCUGGAGGACUCCCCCAGCUCACACAGCCUGGAAAGCUGACUGAAGCCUUCAAGUAUUUCCUGCAGGGAAUGGGCUACAUCGCUUAUGUGAAGGAUCGGAGGCUGAGUGGAGGGCCAGUGCCCUCGGCCAGUAUGACCCGCCUGGCCCGCUCCAGGACGGCCUCCCUGACCAGCGCCGGCUCUGGGGAGGGGUCCCGCUCCCGGGCCUGCACCAACUCUGACAGCACCGAGGGAGUCGGAGCGGUCACCCAAACCAUGGAGGUGUCGUGCUGAAGAGUCACUGAAAGGGGGCGGGAUGAAGGGGGUGAGGGGAGAAAACGGGAAACAGAAAAACGAGGUGGAAGAAACAAAAAAAUUGGCCUGAUAACGAGGUCUUUCUGUCUUCGUGUUUAUCCUCCACAUCCUUUUAUCGUUCUGCUUUCGCUGUAAAGUACCAUCCGUAAUGUUACACGCCCGGCAGACCUUUCGACCCCCGCCUGCACUCUCAUUUUGCCCCGCAGCUAAAGCUUGGUUUAUGCUUGACGCGUUCACUUUCCGCUUGGUGAUGCGGCUCGCGGAUGGAACGCGCUUCACAACUCGCAGCGUUUAUGGUUCAUGCGGCUCGUCUCUGCGGUGAGCCAAUAUUCUCCCAAACUGUAGGGGGCAGCAUGGAGCUCUACGGCAUGCAUCCAACACUACACCAUAGUAGAAGUAGAAAUGACUGUUUACAACAUGGCAUUCCAGCGUUUUUAACAGCGUCCUCGUCUUUUCCGACAGUGCGAGCUAUUUCUCUCCAAGAAUUAUUAACAACAUGUUGAUCACGGUGAUCUCUGAGAGCUGAAUCAUACAAAUGUCUGUAUUUACCAACCUCUGCCAUACUAGUUCUUGCCAGUACGCCAUGUUUUUCCGCGUUCGACCGUCCGCGUGUUUGGAAAUUUUCCGAGGUGCGCGGUGCGGAAAGUUUGGGCCGUGCGGAGGCGCGGUGGAGGGGCGUGGUUGUUAAAAUGACGCAAUUUUGCCGCGCGGACCUCGCGGACGCGUCAAGCAUAAACCAACCUUAACCAGCUGGUUUUCUUCUCCAGGUGUCAUUCCUGUGUUUGCUAAAUGUUCCUCAUUAUUGCCUGCAUCCCUCUUCAUUCCACGCCCCACCCCCCUUUCCCAAAACACACUCUCAUACACACAAACCGUUUCUAAAACAGUUAGCCUAACUCUGAAAAAUCUGCAACAUCUCACGCAAAGCUGCUGUUUCGUUUGCUCUGAGGGUCAGACGCAACCAGGAAAGCUGGACUUUUAGGGGGUGCCGCGUAGGGAAAAAACAAGGAAAACAGAUCAAAUGUUAUGCAUGUGUCUCUGGACAGGAGUGUGUGUUUGUUGUAGGAAGUCUUAAGUGUCUCUCUCUGUGAGGUUUGUCGUGAAGGGCCGGGCGACCACGAGAGAAGGUGUGUUCAGAGUCGGGCAGACAACAUUACAGAGUCUCGUCGUAGCCGAGUGCACCUGUAGCGCCUAGAAGAGGUGAUCUAGUUCUUUUAGAGGGUAGUUAGAGCACAACACGCCGGUUUAAAGCUCCACUCAGAUUUCAUGAUAAACCAACCGUUACCAAACCUGGAUCUGUUCUGUCGGGAAAAAUCAGCUGAUGGAGAUUUAUCUGAAAACAGGAAAUCAAACUCCAGUCAGUCGCUCUGACAUCACAUCUCUGCACCAACAGGAAGCAGGAAGUUGUUCCCACAGUACUGAGAAAGAUGAGUAGAAACAUCUGAAGUCGUUUGAUUAUCCUGACUUUGCGGAUGAAGACAAUCUGGAGCCGUGCGAUGGUUUAUGAAGCUAGAAUUUAUGAAUGGCUAGUGCUCGUGUCAUGUGUGUGUGUGUGUGUGUGUGUGUGUGUGUGUGUGUGUGUGUGUGUGUGUGUGUGUGUGUGUGUGUGCACGCGCAUGUGAAUGUGUUUAGGCAUUUUUGUAUUUUUACGAUCAACUUUUUGCAUGUAGCGCCCCCUAGUGGCUAAGUUGUCAUCUCACGUUUGUCCAUCGAAAGAACUAAACCAGUCUGCUUUUGCACACUUGCAAAAUUUAAUAAGCUAAUCAAAUUAAACUAAAUAAAAAUUCUACAUUUGAAAUAUUUAUAUCAGCUGUUUGGGUUAUUUGCUACUGAAAUGAGAGCAAAUAUAAAUAAUAACGAGUGAUUAAAGCCAUUGAAACAGCAUCUGCAUGUAGGUGUGACCAUUAGUGAACUUUAGCAUGAGCUAUCUCACAACACGAUCGUUUAAUUCGCUUUGGAAUGAGCUGCGUCGUUUGACAUUUCAUUUUGCAUGUUUGCUGUUAAAGCUCCUUUUUGCCUCUGAAGAGGUGAAAGAAAACCAAAACUUUUAUUUGGACCAGUUGCAGGAAGCAAAUGGAGCAUGUGACAGACCAGGCUGGUAACUACAAAAACUAAUAGAACAAAAAAAAAAGGAAAACAUUAUUAAGAUCUGAAUGAUUUGGAUCCACAUUGCUGAAUGCAGCUUUAACCUGUCGUGUCACCGCAUUGUAAAGACAAUCUGCUGCAUAAACCUAGCGUAGAAGUAGCACGUGUUUGCAUGUGAGUGUGAUUUUAGGGCAUUCUAGUCUGAGUAGUAGCUUAUAAUAGCCGUGAAAUAGACGGAUAUGUAGAGCCGUAGGUGCAACAUCAUCAUCAUCGGUCUGUAGCUCCACUGCAUGCAUGCGGUUCUACCGUAGUCGACCCUCUGCGGUCUCUAACUUGACAAUCACGUCCGACCCAAACCAAAACCAGACCGGGGGGAGGUGACCGAGCUGACCUCUCUCUGGGACGGCUGCAGAAAAACUUCCCUUGCAGCGCCCAGCUCCUCUGCAUGGAUUGACCAAAGCACACACACACACACACACACACACACACACACACACACACACACACUGAAAGGAGAGCUGCGUGGGCCGGGUUUUGUAACGGAACGGCACCAAAGAAAGAACCAAACGACACAACCUUUAACAAGGACUCCAUCUCUACAUGGUCAGUGGGUGUUUUGAUGUUCUGUGUGGCCAUAAUCUCACUAGUUUAGCUCCGUUAGUCGAGCCUAUAGACGGAAAGUGUAGUUUCUGACCCGACCACACCUGUGGUGAUGACUGCCGUGACCUUGGACCACCUUAAAGGCGAGAAAACGUAGAGUCCCCUGGAUUUACAUUUAAUUUUUGGUGCAUUUAUGUCCAGCAUUCAUCACUCGUCACUUCUUCUUGCUUUAAGUUUAAACUGAGACUUUGGUCCUAUGUAGGAAGCAGCGUAGCUUCCGAACACUGAGGUGUGUGUUUCCCCAAGGCGGCCUGUUAGAGGCGGGGCUUUUUUGGCGCCGUUUGGGCUCCAAGCUCAGAAUGUAGGGCAACCCCCAGCCACCUUUAAAAAAAACCCUUUCCUUAAAAAAAACCACAAGGUGCCCCGGCUCUCACAGGCCAGCCCAGCAGCACCGUAAAGGGCUAUCAGCUGACGUCACUUUUACGAUCUGGUAGUGUUGUUAUCUGACUGAGCACCAGGGGGCGGCAGAGAGCUGUUAGAAAGUUUAAGGCGAAGCAGAGAGAGAGAAGACAUAUUAUUGGAUGGUUGUUACAGAGACGGAUGUGAAUGUGCAGAAGCAUGGGAGAUUAAUCGUUGUUCUUGUGUUUAAAAUAAUGAAACGAGCUGAACGUUCUGAAGAGGGAGAAGACGAGAUCAAACGCCUCACCAUCACUUUCACCACCAUUUGCAUGUGGCGGAGUUUGUGCACCAUCACUUUUCUGUGUUUCCUCUCUUUACUGAGCUAUCUGCUGCCAUCUACACUCCGGUUUCCUCCUGCAACGUCUAUCCGCACUGCCUGGGGGGGGGGGGGGGGGGGGGGGGGGGCUCCUGAAUGUAUCUUGUCCCUUUUUGAAGUGCUGUACAGUAUUGUCGACCUACACCUCGUUCUCACUCUGGGUAGUACUUUUUACCUUUGACCCCCACAUCUCUAACGUUUAAUCCAGCUCCGGCGAGCUGGCGCUGGAUCCGUUUGUAAGGACCUUGGGCCUCCUUGCUUUUGUAGAUACUUUAUAGAGCAGGUCACCAGUGACAAACACCGGUACUGCUGUAACGUGAGAAAUCAUGUUUUUGUUUCUCUUCCCUGAGUUUUUUAUAGGUAGGGUGGAACAUCAUCUUGGUAUAAUAAACUUGAUAAAUGUGUUACUACUACUACACUUACACUUCUUACUGCCGUCAUAGUUCAUUUGUAUGAAGCAAUAAGUUCUUUUGUUCUUGUUUUAUAUUGUGGGAGUCUUCCCUGUUAGCUUGUUUCUACUCAAACUGUAGAAAGACUCUUACCCGCUUCAUUGUCAUUCGGACGUGUAUUGUAAAAUUUAAAUAUAAUAUAUAUAUAUAUAUAUAAACUAUAUAAAUACAAAGUUAGCCGUCACUGUCUGUGUACUGAUCAUUUAACAAGUAAGAAAUAAAGUGUUAAUGUCAGAAUUUCA